UGAAUUGUGGAUUAUUAUACCAAGUAAUGUAUGAUAUAUGAAAAAUUAGUAGAAAAAUCUGCGACAAUGAGUAAGGAAACACGACUCUCUUCAAUUGAUAUGGCGCAAUAUCGUGAGCGAUUGAUGAGUCAAAAAGAAUUUUUGACUGACAUAUUAUCUAAGAUUGACAAACAAAUACUCGCCUUACAGGUUGAGCGAUUACAUUUGAGAAACUCUCUACUUGGGUCCAAAUGUUCAGGACAAGAAAUAUUGCCAGAUGUAUCAAUAAGAAAUAACUAUGUCAACAUUGAGCCAGUAACAAAGGAUUCAAAUGAUGAUCUAAAACAACAAAAAUUAGAUUUAUCUGUAAAACCAUCUCUAAAUGAUUUUGAGGAAUUUGAAGACGAUGACCUUGAUUUCCUGUCUUCAUCCCCUUAACGUGCCUAAAUUUAGUUUUAUUACUAAUUGUUAUAUUAAUGCUAUGAAGAUUAAUUACAUUAGCGUAUAUAUAUUUACAAAUGUGAAGUAUUAAUCAAUAAUUUAUAAUAAAAUGCACUAUAAAGGUGAUCUAAUA